AAGUCAGUUUAACAGCACCAAGAGUCCAACUAUACCGUUCAGUUAUUGGCCAGACAAAUUGGCACCAAAACACAAAACAAUUUUCCAUUUCCCCAAACAAUACCUUAAAACCACACUCAAAAUUCUCACACUCUUCACUUCACCUCCCAAUUCCAAGGCCAUGGCCAUGGCUGCAUCAGGAACUCUAACUCUCUCCCAAUUCCCACUCCACAAACCUCUUCCAUUCCCCAAAACCAAACCAUCAACUACCAGAAUUUCCAUUAGAGCCAUGUCAGGAGAAAAUUCUUCACCUUCUGUUACCACCACACAACAAGAACCACCGUCAUCGGUUUCGAUUUCUCCUCCUCCCAAUUUCAAACCUCCACAACCUCAACGCUUUAUAAUUAGGCCUGACAAGAGGCUUGAAAUCCUCGGAGCUUCGCUUUCAUUGUUCUUUCGCCUUGCUACUGGAGUUUUUACUUCUGGGUAUUCUUUCUCGUUUGUUUCACAGGAUGAAGUUCCAUCGGAUGAAUAUGCUUUCCGACUUUCUGGCAUUACGGUAAAAGAAACAUCAAAGCUAGGUGCUCGACCAGAGAAGCCCAUUGAAAUAUAUGAAUUUGAAAGCUGCCCAUUUUGUCGAAAGGUUAGAGAAAUAGUUGCUGUUUUGGAUCUUGAUGUUCUUUUCUAUCCUUGCCCGAGAAACAGCCCAAAUUUUCGUCCGAAGGUUGUUCAGAUGGGUGGUAAACAGCAGUUCCCUUACAUGGUUGACCCAAACACUGGUGUUUCAAUGUAUGAAUCAGAUGAAAUAAUUCGGUAUUUGGUUGGCACAUAUGGCGAUGGAAACAUUCCUCUCACUUUAUCACUCGGAUUUUUAACGUCAUUGACUUGUGGUCUUGCUAUGCUUAGUCGUAUUACAAAGGGAACAACAUAUACUCCAGCAAUAUUACCACCAAAGCCACUGAAGUUAUGGGCGUAUGAGGGGUCUCCUUUCUGCAAAAUCGUUCGGGAGGUUCUUGUGGAAUUGGAGCUACCACAUUUGCUUAUCAACUGUGCUAGGGGUAGCCCAAAAAGAAAUAUACUAUAUCAGAAAAAGGGACAUUUCCAGGUACCUUUUUUGGAAGAUCCAAACACUGGAAUAGAAAUGUUUGAGAGUGCGGAAAUUAUAGAGUACAUUAGAGCAACUUACACUCUUUAGUGAUUGAUGAUGCCUUUGCAGCCAAUAUUACUUUCAUCAGUAAUUUUUUCUUACAAUCAUCUGUCAAUGAUUUUGGCGAGGCUUCUUGUAAAAUCUAAAUUGGUUCUACACAGGAAAAUCAACUUGUUACUAUAGGAAACAAAAUUAAAUAGUGGAUUUAGGUGCUUCAACAUUGAGUUAUACAAUGGUUUGAAUUGAGGUGAUUAAAAAUGUGAGUUACAAAGUAAAAGUAUAUAUAUUUCAGUCUUCACUGUUGUCUUGCAAGGCCAUUUACUAUACUGCCUCUCAAGAUGAUAGUUUUGGGAA